AUGAUAAACUCUACACAGGUUUUAUAUUUCACACUCAGUGCUUACUUUGACACUGGGCUGUUCAAAUACUUACAUUUUAUAAUUACUAUGUCUUUAUACAUUUUUAUUGUUGUUAUUAAUCUUUUCCUCAUUGUGGUUAUCUGCAUGAACAGAAGUUUACAUGAACCUAUGUACAUCUUUCUGUGCAGCCUGUUUAUAAAUGAACUGUAUGUUAGUACAGGGUUGUUUCCGUUCCUUAUGCAGCAGAUACUUUCUGACAUUCACACUGUUUCUGCUCCUUUUUGUUAUCUGCAGAUUUUCUGUUUACACACUUUUGGAAGCAUAGAACUUUUAAAUUUAACCAUCUUGUCCUAUGACAGAUAUCUUGCCAUCUGUUAUCCUCUACAAUAUAACACACGUAUGACAUCUAAUAAGAUUGCCAAGUUUAUCGCUCUAUCAUGGUUAUACCCAAUGCUGAUAAAUGUGAUUUUGACAUCACUAAGAUCAUCUUUACAACUGUGUGGGAACAUCAUUAACAAAGUGUACUGUGAUAACUUCCCUAUUGUCAAACUGGCCUGCUCUGACACAACUAUAAUUAGUAUAUGUGGACUCGUUAUCUUUUUUACUACACUCUGUGUUCCUUUAAUUUUUAUCUUUGUCACGUACAUGAAGAUCCUUAAAGUCUGUUUCUCUGGUUCUAAACAGACCAGACAGAAAGCUGUCAGUACCUGCACACCUCACCUCGCUUCUCUGCUCAACUUUGCCCUUGGUGUUAGCUUUGAAAUUGUGCAGAGCAGGUUAAACGUGAACAGUUUACCCAACAUGUUGCGAAUUGUUUUAUCAUUGCACUUUUUCAUAUUUCAGCCACUCCUCAACCCUCUAAUGUACGGCCUGAAUCUGUCCAAAAUCCGUGUCACGUGUGUAGACGCUUUCAGCUGCGUCACCAUUGCCUCGGCCUGCAUGAAGGCAUUUCUUACCAAUUUGCUCCCUCCUAAAACCCUGGCCAUACCUUCGCCAGAUAACUACAGGUGCCAGACCAAAAGUUACUCCCACGCCUCCAUCCAGUGGUUGGAGUGGGUCACCCCACCAUCAUCCACAGACUUUGAUGCCCCUCAAAACUACUUUGGGUUCAUCAAAGCCACCAUCCACCCUCCUACAGGGCUCUUGUUCCCCGUGUUACCUUACAAAACAUCUCAAGGUAAGCCGGAAGCUUCAGGCUACCCACCCGAGGCCACUGAUCAGGAAAGCAGAGAAAAGUACAUUAGGGACUAUGAGCUGCAUCAGGGCGUGCGGCUCGACGCUGACAAGAUUGAGGUGAACCCUGCAAAGCGACAGGUGGCUAAAUUGUCUCUUCUGGGGAAAGUUUGCGCAGAGAUCACCCUGUGGAAUGACCACGAGCGGUGCGUCACGCCUCCAGGUAAAGCUAAAAAUGUGUUCAGCGCUGCAUUCACCAACGCCUAUGCCCGUCUCAAGCUGUACAGUUAUCUGGAACAGGUGCAGGAAAAUGUUCUCUACAUGGAUACUGACAGUCUGAUAUAUGUGGUGAAAGAAGGGACCCUCUGA